AUGACCGGAAACUGGCUCUCCCUCAACUUCCAGAGAUUCAAGUCCUUCAUUAGCAUCACAGAUUUGAUGUCUCUUGACCCAAGCUUCAAUGGGACGGCUAACAUAGGGGAACUCUCAGCAGUACAACUUGCUCAGCUGACUGUGAAUCCAGAGAUGCUCUGCUGCGUCGAUAAAGUGAAGAUGGUCUUCGCAAGGCUGGCUCAGCUGCCUGGCCUUGAUCACCUGGCUGCUUUCUGGGAUGCAUUCAACAUUGCCUACAAAAAGCCCAGUUCUGCCAGCGUGCUCAAUAUCUCAAUGGAUGUGAAAAUGGCCAUGCUCACCUUGACGAUGGAGCGCUUGAGCGUGGCGUUUUCAACCUUCACCAAUGCUGAUUUUCGGGUCUGGUUUGAGGAUAGACUGGUGGUCGUCCUGUCCAGUGUGAAUGCAGAGUUUCUUGGGAAAAUCCCCCAAAGUAUAUCCUGCGAGGCUUACAAGUCUGUGAUUACUGGGAUCAACAGAGGCUUCUCUGAAAUUCCACAGGAAAGGAAGAAGGAUUGUGUCAACUACAUUGUUUCUUUCCUAACCCAGAAGUCUCAGACCACUGGUCCUGCCUGCUUUGGCCAAACCACACCCAGAAAUUGGCUACUCACCUACUUUGGGCAAUUCUAUACGGAAGUACCAUAUGUUCAGCUGGUUUCAUACUAUCGCCAAACAUUUGAUGCUUAUGCAGUAUUGGAUCUUUUAACUCCGAUCCAGAUUGGAGACAUGAUGGUACAUUCAAACACCCUGACCAGCAUGGAUUUGGCAUUGCGCCUUGUCAACUUCUUCCAAGAAAGCAGCGUUGACUUUGUCCAGAUGAUUCUGAAGCAAUUCACCAGGGCUGCAAUUCAGCACAAGAUGACGGUCCUCCCAAACACCGAAGUUGCGCAGUUGCUCUUGACAAAUUACCUGACCCUCGCCUCUUCUCAAAUGGAAACCUACACAGCAGCAGACUGGAACGCCACUUUUCAGGGGGAACUGCGCUUCCUCUGCUCUGUGGUCAAUGCAACAACCCUUGCUUACUUUGCCCCCCAAAACUACAACUCCUUUACCGCCAUUGUUGCUGGGCUUAGUGGAGCACAUUCCCAAAUGGCAGAACCCUUCAGGAGAGCUGUCGUAUUGUGGAUCAUCCAGAACCUCAAAGACCUAAAAGAAAAGCCCAGUGAACCAUUUGCUGAGUGGAUCAAGUUAGCCUGGGGCUCGUUCUUCAAGGACGCCACCUUGGGAGAAGUGGAAUCCAUCAAGGAAGACUUCGAUCCUUUUGCCGUCUUGAACACCCUGAGCACUGAACAGCUGGUAGACGUCAUCACGACCUCGGACGCUCUGGUCAAUGUGACAACCCUGAGGCAGGUUCUGUUGAGCCUAGAGACUGGCCGCUCUGAAAUCCCACUUGCAAAGAUGGAUGUGUUCUUGACAAGGCUCAAUUUCAUCCUUGAACAGAAGAACAUCCCGGGUAUCAGAAAUGCCGAGGUGAGGUUGGAACUGCUCAGCACCAUUUUCAGAAACCUGGCCCGCCAUUUCCGUAAAUUCACUGCUUUGGACUACCAGAACUGGUUCACCACGAAGCUGAAACUCCUUUUGCCCAGCAUCAAUGGGAACCUGCUCCAGCUGAUUCCUCUCGAUGUCAGCUUCGCCUCCUUUCGCGCCAUAUUUGGAGGUUUCGAUCAGGUCUUCCCAGAGUUACCCGAGGAGGCAUCCAUCCAGAUCUACAAUUUGAUGAAGAGAAUAAUGCAAUUCCAAAUCAAUGCCUCAGGGACAGCAUUCCCUGGUGCUUACAGCAACAGCCAGAGCUUCCUGCAACUCCUCUUUUACAGAUUUGUGCGUUUUGUGCCUUACGCUGACUUAGCCCUCUUAUAUCCGAAUUUUAACGGGUUUGAAGCCCUCUCUGCCCUGACUCCAAAGCAAAUGGGCGCAAUGAUGGUUUUUACGAACGCAUUCAGAAAUGAGCGCCUUGCUGUCCAGAUCUUGGCGGAAUUAGAGAAGCGCCCCCCUGAGGAAAUGAGGGACUUCACAGCUGAGUUCAAUGCUGCGGUAAACCAGAGGCAGCUGCUCGUCCUCCCAGACCUCCGGAUCCGUAACUUGAUCUUUGAAAUGGUCUUCAAGACACUCAAGUUCAGCACCUUUUCUGCAGAGCAAUACUCAUUCUGGUUUGGCACUCAGCUCCAAUUCCUUCUGCCAUCUCUCAAACCAAAGGACCUGCUGCUGAUUCCCCUUGAUAUUGACUGCCAGUCUCACCAAAAUUUGGUGCGAGCGAUGGACAAGGUGUUCGAUCGUUUCACGGAGGGGCAGAAGAAGGCCAUUCAUGGGAGGAUAUUCAGCUACCUGGAAUCUUAUCAGGCAGAUCAAGGGGUCACAUGCUCUCCCAACACUAACAGCAGCCAAUGGAUCCUCAGCAACUAUGGCCAAUUCAGUGCCUUUGCCAGCAUUGCAGAGUUUUUGGCAGUGAAUGUGAACUUUAAUGGGAUUUCGGCAAUGGCAGAGCUAUCUGCAAACCAGCUGGCUGAGUUGGCGGUGGAAUCGGGAGCGCUGGCUGAUGGGAGUGGCAUCAUGGAGAUCAUGGGCAACUUGAAGACCGUGGAAGACCUUGCUAGAUUCUUGGGCAAGCUGAACACCAUUGCCCCGAUGGAAUUGCAAAGCAGUUCAUAUGCCGGUUCCAUCUUGAGCAUUGCCUUCCAAAGGAUAGUGAUCAACUUCCCGAAGUUCAAAGCCAGUGAUUUUGCCUACUGGUUCCAAGUUAUCUUCCAGAACGUUCUGCAUGAGUUCAACGAGACCCUUGUGGUGGACAUUCCGCUCAAGAUAUCGUGUGACUCCUACCAGAAAAUAUUGAAAGGUUUCAACAAUGUUUUCGCCAACAUCCUGCCUGGAAAGGCCCUCAGUGUAUUUGGAUUCAGCAAAACUUUUUUGACUACAAAAAUCAAAUCAGGCAUUGCAUGUGGAAGGCCCGCUCAGAGCGUCCAGGAGUGGCUGGAAAUCAAUCUUGGGAACUUCAGCCGAUACGCCCAAUACCAGGACCUGCUCAGCUGGAAUUUGCAUUUUGACGGCAUGGCUGUUCUGCAAUCUUUGUCUCCACUGCAACUUGCAUCCCUCACUCUGAAGUCUGAUGCCAUCAAUGAAGAGGAGAAGAUGUGCCAGAUUCUUGCAAGACUGCAGAACAAACCACUGGAAGAGAUCUACCAGUAUUUGGACCAAUUCAACACAGAUGCCGAUAAGCUUGGAAUAACGUCUCUCAAAGACGAAGGCAUAAGGCAAAGGAUGCUCUCUCAUUUUGUGGAGGCGAUUGGAUCUGAACUCUCAACCUUCAGCGCUGCAAACUGGACUCAUUUGCUGUCCACAAGGCUGCUGCUUUUCCUGCCAAGCGUCAGCGCAAAGGAAUCCAAAGAGAUGCUGUCUUAUGUUUCCGGUUGCGAUGCCUUCCAAGCUGUGGUGUCCUCGCUGAGCCAAGUUUACUCUGCAAUACUACCAACCAACCAACUAGGCGUCUACAGGACCUUGUUUUCCUACCUUGACAACCAGCACAAGACCACAGGAUCGGCGUGUGCCUCCAACACCGGGGAUUCCGAGGCAUGGCUGCAAGAUAACUUGGGGGCCUUCGCAGCCCAAGCUCCUUAUGGCGAUUUCACCACGCUGAUGGCCACGUUCAAUGGGUUUGAUGUCCGGGGCAACCUCACUGCCACCCAACUGGCUCAUGUCUUUUUUGCCUCUGGCGCCCUGGAUGAUCCUGAUAAAGUCAGCGCCCUUCUGGAACCUUUGGAGAACAAGCCUGUUGAUGACACCCUUGCUUUUAUGACAGAGUUUGCAGCCUUGGCUGCUCAGAGCGGCAUGACGUUCCUGGCAAACACGGAGGUGAGGGACAAGAUAUUUGAUGUCAUCUUCAGCGAAUUACAGAGCCUGCUAACGACAGCUGGCACCUCCCAGUACGAAGACUGGUUCCAGAAAACAUUGACCCUCGUGCUUCCCAGCAUCAACGCCACAGCCCUGGCAGCCAUUCCACAGAGCAUCCCCUGCAGCACUUUCAAAGCCAUAAUGGCUGGUUUGGAUGGCAGCUUUCGACAUAUGUCACCAGACAGUCGCCGAGAUGUCUACAACUUUGCCAAAGGCUACCUGAUGACCAAGACGUCUCAAGGAGGAGAUCCCUGUACUGAGAAUACUCGGGGCAGCUUGGGUUGGUUAACAGCCAACUUUGGGUCCUUCAGCUCAUUAGCCAGUUAUAAAGACUUGGUUGCCAUUAAUGGAGAUUUCCACCCGAUGGAUGCAGUUGCGAGACUCACGCCAUCUCAGCUGGCUGAGUACACACUGGCGAGUGACACCCUGCGCGACAGUGAGAAAGCUGGGAAGGUCUUUGGCUCUCUUGAUUCACACAACAUUGGAGAAUUCAUGGAUGCUUUCAAUGCGGCUGCCCAACAGCACCAGCUCACUCAGCUGCCCAACUUGGAGACCAAACGGUUCAUCCUUGGCGAGAUCUUCUGCCACCUGAGUGGCGUGCUGAAGCUCUUCACCGCAGAGGACUAUGCUGCGUGGUUUGGGCAAAGGCUCCCUCUCUUCCUGAGCAGUCUUGAUGCCCAGAACCUCGGCUUCCUGCCCAGUGACAUGUCCUGUGAUUCUCUGGCAGCCAUAGUGGAGGGUUUAAAUGAUCACCAUGCCAACAGCACAUUUGAAAAUCCAGAUGAUAUAUUCUCCUUCAUAAAGAGGAUUCUUGAAUUCCAAGAACAAAAUUCAGGUUCUGCCUGCACUCAGGGGGCCUCCACGGACCAAGAGUGGCUGAGCAAAUUCUUUGGGCCCUUUUCUGCCUAUGGCUCCUACUCAGAUUUCACUGCAUUGAAAAGCGACUUCCGUGGGGUGGAUUCCUUGGACCUCUUCUCCGCCAGUGCCUUGGCUCAGUUGUCCACUGAAGGCCACACCAUUUACAGCAGCUCAGCCAUGGGGCUCGUCUUCCAAGCCAUCCAGAGAAAGAAGGAGCCAGAGCAAUUCCUCAGCACAUACCUGGAUGAGUUCAACACCCUGGUGCUGAAGAACCGCGGCUUGUUGAGCAAUCCCAAAGUGCGGGACACUAUGCUGAUGCUAUCGGCCGAGAUCAUUUUCCCACAGAUUGCCACCAGUUCCCUGGAAGACACAAACACUUGGUUCCAGAAACUCAACCUGCUUCUCCCGGGUGUCAAUGGAACAAUUCUUGAGCUGCUACCCCUGGGUAUGCCCUGCCCAUAUUACCAAACCAUUGUGAAAGCGAUGGAUGGUCUCUACUCAACAUUAUCAGCCAGGAAGAGGCAAGAUGUGUAUGACUUCCAGAAGGCUUAUUUAGCUUAUCAGUUUGCUGAUUCAGGGUUAGCGUGUGAUGGUGGGACUACAGGAAUCCGAGACUGGCUGACAAAGAAUUUGGGGGAGUUUUGUGCAGUGGCUAAGCUGAGCGAACUUCAAGCUUUUUACCCAGAACUUGAUGGAGUAAGUUUUUCUCGGCACUGUGCUCCAGAGGGGGCUGCCCCAUCUCUUUCCUCUGCAGGGAACAGUAGCAGCCCUGUGCAACGAUGAAAGUAUCUUCAUCCAGCCUAAAAUUGACAAAAGGGAGCUGAUAUAUCUUUAAGGGAAAUUAUUGAUGUUCUCUGCACUCUUUUUAUAUUCCACUCUUUCUUCUCUUCUUGAGUUUUCAAACUACUGCUUGCUUUAGAAAGUAAAUACUUCAGAAAUCAACCUGAUUGGCAUCCAAAUUGUCUUUCUAAGGCCGGUAUUUCGUUUAAUCAGUAGCAAUCUGGGGAGCAAAUUUCUCCCGUAAUGGUUCAGUUUUCGAUGCUUGAGUAUCAUCAUUAAGCUGAGAAGCAGCAAAAUGAAGCUGUGCGUUUUCUUCUAAAGCAAACACAGAUUUUUAACAAGGCGGUGUAAUGUUUUCAAGAACAGUAUGGACAUGGAAAAUCACCCAUGAAUUCUGUCAAAAUUUAUACAAGAAGGGUUUUUUCUGGGUGGGUAUCUUCCUUACAUAUUUUAAAAAGAACACUGUAUUUAACCAUGUAACAACGGUUCUAAAUCGAACAUGAUUUUUCUGUGUUUUGGAAAUGGUUGCUGAUAUCCAGAGCAUCGUCUCUCUAUCCGCUCUUUAUUCUGUGGUUGUGCUGAUCUGGUCAAUUAAUAAAAUAAUAAUAAUGUUGAAAA